AAUAAAGUUUACCUUUACCUUUACCUUUACCUAAAAUUUACGAGGAACAGCCCUGCCCUUUUCAUAUGGGAGUCCCAGAACAAGGAUUAUCUCUAAAGGGAACUUUGACGAAAGGUUUUAGAACAAUGGAAUUCAUUGAUUGGGAACAAGGGAGAAAAGGUGAAAUCUUUAGGGAUCAGGGGAACACGCUAUCGCCGCCCCCCACAGAGUCCCCAAAGGGGCGCCCAUUUGAGCUUCGAAAAUUUUCCCGCCGAAAUAACAUUGAAAUUUGUCAGCGGCGUUGCAAGAUAAUGUGACGUCAUUCGUAGCAACGCGAACGCCAUCUUGAAAAAUGUAAAUUUUGCAACAAUGUAAUUUGUAAACUGUGCCGAAAAAGAGGCGGAUUUUGGUAGCCGAGGUACAAAGGUUUGACAAGGAAUUGAUUAGGUAGCUACCUGUUAAUUACAGGUUGGGUUUGUUCAGCUGCCAUGAACUUAACGCGAGCAAAGUACGUAAGUUGACAUAAGCUGAUGUUUGCUUGAAUCUCCACUCAAAUCAAAAUGUCUUCAAAAUCAAGAGCAAGUAAGGGGAAAGCGUCUGUGUAUUUUAAAAGAGGGAUGAGCGAAGAAAUUAGCUAUGAAGACGUAUUGCUUGCUCAGUACAUGGAUGAAAUCCAGAAGGUUCCUCCAGUCCGGAAAGAAAGGGAAGCAUGGUUAUCUCCCUACGCUGUUUCAACACACACAAACAGCAAUGCUCAGAUGAAGAGACCCAAGUCUGCCAUUUUAUCCCAGAAAGGAAGGUCUAAGAGAAACACUGAUCCCCCGAACUGGGAAAGCAUGCCUCGAACUGUGAUUGGCUGGGCUGACAAGACAGACUGGGCUGUGGCUGAGCAACUUCCAAAGCAGCGUACACGUCCAGUGUCAGCUCCUGCAGCCAGAAACAGAUCAGGCUCACUCAGUUCUGGAACUUCAUCAUUUUCCAGAAAUACCUCAGUCUCUAGUUCUGCAAGUGGAAAGAAAACCAAACCACUGUUCAAGAAAAAGCCUUCACUUAUCUGUGUCAGGGCUUUUCAGAAUGGAAACCGAGAUAACUAUGCAAGAAUCACAGUCCCAGAUCUUCAGCAGCUUCUUGAUGCAUGUACUGACAAACUGGGACUUGUGUCUGCUGCAAGGAAGCUCUUUCUGUCUGAUGGCACUCAAGUUAUACACCCCAGACAGCUUCCGAGGGAAGUUGAUGUUUAUGUGUCUUGUGGGGAGGCUUUCAGAGAUCCUUUUGCAGCUAUACGAGAUAGAGAAGAGCUGCGCAGAUCUGCCUCUUGGACUCUCAGUGGUAUUGUUCUUCCUGAGGACCGCUCCAGAGGUCGCACAAAGCCAUCACUCUCCAAGAGGAUGCAGUCAUUAGUUGACAGUCAGAAGAGAAGAAUACUGGUGUUCAGGAAUGGGGAGAGCUCUGAAGGAGUGGAGAUAGUGGCUGGGAGAUUUGAUGAGUUCCUGGAUGAUUGCACUAAGAAGUUGAAUCUUGAGUCUGGGGCCAGAUUAUUGUUUGAUUGGCAAGGAAAGGAAAUCAAGAGCUUCUCAGAAGUUCCAGUAUUGGACAGAAUUCUCCAGCCAUCAACCAGCGUCAUUUUAGGACCUGUUUGGGUGACGAGAGGAGGAGAGAGGUUCAGUCCUAAAGGAGCUUAUCACUUCAUUACUACUCUGUUGUUGAGUACUAAGGACAGACUGAAGCAAAGUAAAACUUACAAGCAACAGCUUGAACAAAGUCUUAAAGGUGAAGAAGUUGUCUCCAAAGAGAUAAUGGCAAUGAGUGAAGAAGAAAUUGAAAAUGAAAUAAAAGAGGUUGACCAACACAUCAGUGACCUGUCAAGUGUGAUACCAACUCUGAAGUCCCAUCUGAGCAUGGUGGAGACUGCCACAAAUGACGAGGAGUCAGCAGGUUUAGAGAAUUACAGAUAUCAGCACAUGGCACAUAUUGCCCCAGAGAGCAGACUGCUGGCAAAGCAGGGACUCAAGCUAAAGGUUUAUGAAAAUGGUUCCUCAGAUGACAAAGUCAUAGUUUACUUCAAUUUACACGAAGCUGAGAAAGGAAUCCAGGGCAAUAAGUCACAGUUAUUGCAUCGCUUUCUUGAUGCCUGCACCAGCUGUCAGAAGGUGACAGAUAGUGGAGGCGGGCCUGCAGGAAGAAGGAUUGCCAAGAGAGUCUUUACAAGAGAUGGGGAGGAGAUAACAGAUGUGCAUGACUUGGUGUAUGAUCAAGACAUAUGGCUGUCUUAUGGAGAGGACUUUAAACCACCUAUUGUUGUCGUCCUUGAACUGUGUUUAGACAAAGCUACAUGCAUGUCAUUAUGGGGCGAGAAGGAGAUGGUUCAAAGAGAAAGUUUUGCUGACGAAGGAAGUGGCAAGGAGAAAGCUUCCCUUUGGAGAGCAGUGAAUGGCUUUCCCUCAGGCAGCAAACGUCAUCAGGUCACUUUGUUCAAUCCAGGCAGUGAACUUUCUCAAGCACAAAAUCUUCAGGUUAUACGUGUGGAUGAGAAGGGCUGCUUCUUGCAGUACAAAGAGAACAAGAACUUGGUGCUCUAUCCAGAACUUGCUGUUGCUGAAAAGAAGAAGAGGAAAAAGUUGUGGCCUCCAGAUGCUCAAGAGUGGGUCAUAACACAGAGUGGCCUAAUUCAUAGCAAAGCCAUGCCACAGCUAGUGCUGUCCAGAUCCGAACAUGCUGUCACAGUAAAAUAUGCAGAUGCACCAGUGGAGGGGUACCCUGUGGUGAUAGCUAAAAGGAAUCCUAGUGAUGCCAACCAGCAAUGGGGAUUCAGCCCAACAGGACAGAUCUACUCACUCUCAAAACCAAGCCUUGUACUCACUUACGUUGGAGAUCAUGAUGUUGAAGAUAUCACUGCAGAUGAAAAAUCUCCACAGACCAUCUCACCAGAGAAACAGGAGUCACAUGGUUUGGAAAAUCUUAAUUUUAUGGAUGAAUUAGAACUUGAUGGUCCGAUGUCCAUUACAGAGGGUAUUAGUCAACAGCCCAGUCCAUCUCUGUCAGACCAAACAGAGGAAAGUACUGAGACUGGUCUUGCAAAACUUAAAGAUGAGUUCCUUGGUCAAAACUACUCACUUGUACUUCUGCCAAAAAAGCAAGGGGAAGGCACUCAGAGGUGGGCUGUCAAACAGGAAGACUUGAAGAAUAUUGGCCAAUGGAAAAACUCAACCAUUCGUAAUCCAGAGUGGAACAAGAGAGCUUUGUCCUGGCCAGUGAAUGAAGAUGGAACAUGGAACAUAGACUUUACAUGGCCUAUGGAAGGAUUUUUGCUGCCCUAUGCCCCCCCAGUGAAGAGAGCUUCACAGAAGAAGGCUGUGACAACAGGUACCCCUGCCAGAUUACGAGUGUUAAAAAAUGGUGAAUCAGAUCACAGUAGAGCUGUCACAGUUGUUGGUCCUGACUUGACUAAUAUGCUUCAUGAUGUCAGUGGAACAAGUUCAAACAGCCCUUUUAAGAAAAACAAGAGGCGAUCUACUGUUGACAAACACGAGCAAUCUGGCGAGGACCUAGCUGGCUCCUGUCAUCCUCUUAAUCACAAAAGACUUGAGUUGGAUCUGUUCCUGGAUAGGUGCACUGAAGCUGUUGGUUUGCCAUUUGCGGCAAGAAGACUGUACACUGCAGAUGGUAAAGAAGUCAGCAGUCUAUCAGAUCUCCAGAGAAAUGAUUUGGUGUACGUGACGUGUGGCGAGUCCUGGAGUGACCCGCAGCUGUCCUACUCUGAGCAACAAAGGAGGGCGGUGCUAGCUAAUCUUGCAGCAGACAUUUCACACAUUAGGCAAUUCUGUGCCUUGAGAGAUCCAUCAGACUUAGUUCUUCAAGUUGAGGGAGCUGUUACCAAUGGCUCUCGUUUGUGUGUAGCACAAUGUGCAUUGAGUUCUGAGGAACGAGAAAAACUAGCAGCUGGUAAUAAUCAAGAUGAAUCACGUAUAGAGAAUGAGGAGAGUCCAGAGGAUAUUUACAGCCAUGCUUUAAAUGCUCACGAGCGAUCUCAUAUUCGGGCUGAGCAGCGUCUGAAGACCUUGCAGUGGCCUUGGGAAAAUGAGAAGACCCACAAGGACGAUCCUUCAGUGGAUGAUAAAGAAGAUAACGACUUUGAUGAUGAAGUCAUGUUCUCUGAUCGACAACUGCAAAGGAAAUUCAGACGCCAGGUUCUCAAGACCCAAGAUGCUAAGCCAGCUGAUCCAUGUCAGAAGCAGAAGUGGUCUCUGAAUAACGACGGCUUCAUCAGCUUGAGAGGCACGUCUCUGGUGCUAGGACUCAAUGACGCUUCUAAUGAGGGAAAAGCUGAAGUUGUGCUUUGUAAGAAGAAGCUGGAGGAUUUUAGUCAAAGAUGGGUCAUUGCUGAAGAUGGUUUCAUAUACCAGCGCUCAAACCAGCAGCUUGUACUAACAGUCACCACCCCUCCCCUGGGGAAUGAUCCAUUCUCCCUGGACUACACCCCAGCGCAGGGCUUUGAAGGCGCAGCGGUGAUUGUGGCUCACCGUAAGGCUUGUGCAAAUGGUAACUCCAGUCAGUUGUGGAGAUAUGAUCCCAUCACUUGCUUUAUUGAGGCUUUCUCUGCAGACACCACUAACAGAGAAAUUACUGCUGCCAACAAGUCUAACGUGUGUACAUUUGCUGUGCUGGGACCCCAACAAGUUCCUCAACCAGGUUAUGUCUACAUGGCUGGUACAUCUAAAGAGACUUACCUGUGUGAAGCUUGUGGAAAAUCAUCCCGAGGAAGACAUAAACUACAGCGACUUCAUCAGUAUCAUACAGGCUUUGCUUGUGCUUUAGGAACAGCUCAAGAGCAAGGCCUGAGGCUGAGUAGUUCUUUCAAGUGCCUGAACAGCAAGGUGGAUUUGUCAACGCUUGAAGCUGAAGCCACGUUAGACUUGUGGGAACAUCAGCUGGAGAGGCUGAGAAAUGAAGGCAGUGUACGGACCAUCACUCGUGAACUGCACAUGGCUCAGAGUGUCCCUGCUGUCAGAAUAAGGGCCUUUAAGAACGGAGAAGGCAGCAGAGGUCAUGGAGAGAUCAUUAUUGGCUCCAGCAUUCAUGCGUUGCUUGAUCAGUGCACAGUAAGGCUUGGACUAGCGUCAGCCGCCCGGCGUCUGUACACACUCCGUGGAGAGUUAAUCACUGAUGUACAACAGCUUGUUAGACCGUAUGUUACAACCGCAGAGCCGAAAAAUAACAUGGAGACGCAACAAAAUGAGGUCAACUCUGAUAGCGGCCCUGACCAGAUCCCCGAAGAACGAGUUGUGCGUAAUGGUCAUGCAGUCGACGUCGUUGAAGCAGAAAACCGGCCAUUUUCCAGAUCCAAAGGUUCAACGUCGAGUGCAGCAGAACAACGAGAAAUGGAGCUGCUAGAAACCGAGGCAUUUAACGAGUUGAACACCUCAGACGAUGAUCAGUCUUCUGGGAAUGUCACGUAUCGUGUGAGUGACGGACGGACUGGCUCCGUGCCUGUCAUAAGCAAUAAGGAGCUGCAGGGUCUCCCCAGGUGGGACGCUCGCUGGCCUAUCGAUGUUUGGGUGUCCUGUGGUGAACCGUUUGUUCCUCUGGAAGAGGCUGAUAAACAGUACCUGUUAUCCAUGAAGCACAGAGAGGAGAGAACCUGGGUACAAGCAUAUCUUGACCAGGAAAAACACGUGCUGAGGCACAUGCAAGGACGUCGAAUCAAUGGAAGGAGUCCUCCGUCCUCCCCUAGGGGGGUGGGGUUGACAACUGCAUGGCAUGAACCUACCAGGGCUGAGGAGAAGAAGGAAGAGGCCAUUAAUGAACUUAAGAGUCAUCUCCAGGGAGUAAAAUCACAGCAAAAUCAAGGUGAAGCCGCGUUAUGCAAAACUGCGAAGGAAUCCACACAGCGACUUUACCUAAAGCCAAAAACGGUUAGAGUGAAGGCGGUUCCGAAUGGCGAAACUAAAGAACGAGCUGUAGUUGUGUUUGGAGCAUCUAUGGAAGAGUUAUUGAAUGCGUGCACCGCUCGUUUGGACCUGAGUAGCGCUGCUAGAAGACUCUUUCAACUGGAUGGAUAUGAGAUAACACAUUUUGGUGACAUAAAAAGAGAUCAGUAUGUUUGCGUGAGCUGUGGUGAAGGAUUCCUACGAGCAAGAGAUCGUCAGCAUCGUCAGGAACUGAAGGCCACGUGGUCUCGUUUGAACAGACAGUCUGGUGGUACAGUAAUACCUGGCGGGGGACCGGUGACGAGGAACAGCGUGACGUUUGACAACACAAUCCUGGCCCUACCUGCACCAGUCUCUCCUCCACCACCAUCACGUGUUCCUCCUUCACCCACAAGACAGAUGUCAGUCCACCGAGUGUCCAACCGCCAUUAAUGAUUGAUUGACAGAUGCCAAUUCAGCAACUGUUCGACCUUCAUCGAUGAUUGAUUGAUAGAUGCCAAUUCAGCAACUGUUAAACCUUCACUGAUGAUUGAUUGACAGCUGUCAAUUCAUCGAGUCUAUCUGUCUGAUGAAUCAGUGUUUGACAUGUGUCAGUCAGCUUUCAGUUCGUUAAUUAAAGACUGUUUAGCAUGAGAGCGGGUCCUUUUAAAUGUUUAAUAUAUAUUUCGAGAAGAUAUUUAUUGUGACAAUUUGUAUCCGUAGUAGUGAGAUGAAAGGACAGCUACAGAAGCUUACACUGUAGGUCCAAGCUAAACGUUUGUAUAUGGCAUCGCCUGAUACCGAACAAUUGACGAAAAGGUACAAUUUCACUUGGAAAAAUAAUUUUUGGUUGGUAUAUUUUCCUAUGCUCGACAGGAGAUUAUGAUCAUAAUCUCUUGAUUUCAAGGAUGAUAGAAUUGCGUUUUUUUCUUCCUUUUAAGCAUUUUUGUGUGAAGUGCUUGAAAAAUGUCACAUACAACAUUUUUACCAAUCUUGUCUAAAAGUCUUGUUCUCUUGUUUUAAAUUUCAUCCUGGCCUGUUCUGUAAAUACUAUUUGUUCUUGCGAGAUUGUAAAUCGUAUUUCGAAGAAUUCAAGUGCAUUAAAGAUGAGAAUUUUAAACUAAAA